AAACGUAUGUAAUAUGUCCGCUUUUUACAUUUUUCAGAUAAACAACUGUGGCCAAAAAGUUUGAUUUCAUAAUAUAAUACGUAUUAAGGCAACUAGAGUGGGAGAAUCAUUUUGGGCAUUAAAGCUUAGACAGAAUUACACUGCAAUACGACGAUCAUUCUACAUUGUGCUUUUGAAACUGUUGGAGUAGUUGUAAUUGGGAAUAGUAAUUUAACGAUAUUAUCUCUAAAUGGAAUUCCAACUGCCAAAGGAUGUAUUCCAAUCGUGGGCCACUUGUUACCCGUAGUAAUAAGAAGAAUGAAUCUUGCCGGACUUAUUCGUCAAAUAUACGAAGAUUACAAAGAUUACAGUAUGGUUGGAGUGUACAAAGGGAUAGUGCCAGCACUAGUUGUUCGGGACCCUGAGUUAGUGAAAGCCGUACUGCAAAAUAAUUUCUCCAGCUUCCACGAAAAUGGAUUUCAUGUCGAUCCAAACGCGGAUCCUCUUUUAUAUACAAAUCCGUUCUUCUGUUCCGGAGAUAUAUGGUUAACUGGAAGAAAACGUAUAACCUAUGCGUUUUCUAACGUGAGAUUGAAGAUCCUGUUUACAGCUGUUAACGGAGUGUGUAAGAAAUUCGAAAAUUUCUUGAACAGACGACUAGAAAAAAACAACAAGUACGAAAUCGAAUUAAAAGCAUUAUUUUUAAAAUUCACUGGUGAAAUUGUGGCGAACGCUGGCCUAGGUAUCGAGGGUUACUGUUUCGAAGAUGAACCACGUCCUAAUGCAUUCGAUAAACUUUCUGGAGAAGCAUUCGCCGAAUCCUUAUUAUCUAUAAUCAGAUUCCACUUUCCUACUGUCAAUCGUUUUUUGAAGAUCAAAUUCCUGCCUAAACACGUGGAUCAAUUUUUCAGAAAGGUCGUCGCAGAAAAUUUGCAAGUUAGAAGAAGCGAAUCGAUACCUAGGAAAGAUUUCCUUCAAUUAAUGAUCGACAUGGAGAAAGCAGGAGAGCACAUCGCCGAAGAGAUUGUAGUAGCCCACGCAGUUUCCUUCUACCUUGAUGGUAUCGAAACAUCCAGUGUCACCAUGAAUUACGUUGGAUAUGACUUGGCUGCUCGUCCAGAGAUUCAAGAA